AUGGCAGAAGAGCAGCGAAGGCAGAUUGAACAGCUAAUGGGGAGACAUUCGCAGCUGCUGUCAAUACGACAUUAUCGAGAUCCUGACAUGACAUCACCACAAGUAUGCAAGGCAUUUGUGGUGGGUAUUUGCCCUCACGAUCUAUUCGUAGGGACCAAAUCUGACUUGGGCAAGUGUCCCAGCCUACAUCUACAGAAACACAAAUUGGAGUAUGAGUACAAGACAAGGAAAUUGGGUCAAAACUUCCCUGAAAUGGAGGCUGAGUACUUUGACAUUCUACAGACGUACAUACGAGAUCUUGAUCGGACUAUAUCUGUGGCGCAAAAGAGAUUGGAACACACCCCGGAGGAGAAAGAAAAGAUUGCCCAGAUCACAAAGGAUCUAGACGAGUUGGAUAUAGAGAUUGGGUUGAUGAUUCAGGAGUUGAAUUAUUUGAUCAAGUUGAACCAGAGUGAGCUGGAGGAUCAAACUUUGAAAAUUAUUGACUUGUCGAUUAAGUUGAACCAAAAGUCCAAGGAAAGAGAAGUUGCUAGUAAGCAAGCAAGGAAUGUGAUUGAGAAUGUCGGUCAAACCUCGCAGCAAAAAUUGCAAGUGUGUGAUGGAUGUGGUGCGUAUUUGUCUCGACUAGAUAACGAUAGACGGUUGGCUGAUCAUUUCAUUGGAAAGAUUCACUUGGGAUACGUUCAGUUGCGACGUGCGUACAAUGAGAUGAAAACCAGGAUGCGUAAGUAG